AUGGGCACGGCAGCCACAUUACUAGGCUGGGGCGCCUGGACUCUCACUUUCGCAGCAUUAAGCAGUCUCAUUCCUCCUGCCGCCUCAAGGCUGUAUUGGUUGGCUUGGACAUGGCUUGGAACAAAAGUGGUCUGGUGGACCCGGUGGGCGGCUGCGGCAUCCCAGCUGGCCAACUCGCCAACUUGGCCAACAGCUGCCCGAAAUCUCAUGACUUUGCUGCCCCUCCAUGCCUCCACCACCCCUCCACCGCAACCACCGGACCAAUGCAAGCGCGUCGGCUGCGUCACGAGCGCGGCGGCUUUGCCCGCUUCUGUGCGGCAGGCGCCAGACCCACCCCCAACUUUGUCCCCCGUUGGUCGACAGCUGCGGGCCUCGCACAAAGGCGCAACGCCCCCGGUCAUUCAAGCACGACAGGCUGCCAUGCCAAGCAUUCUGACACGGGCAACAAGGGCCAUAGGGGCAUUAACCAGGCUGAACUCGGGCGCGCGCGUACGACGCACAACGCACCAACCGAACCGCGAGCCGGCCAACCGGAUCUGGGGUUUCGAUAUCAGAUGCACAGGAUGCAAAUCUCAAGAGCAGAGGGGAACGUCGAGUCGUCGAAUCGAGUGCACAACAGGGGAAAGUAGAUCCCAAGACCCCGCCCCCGCUCAGGUUGGCGGCGGCAUGCAGACUGAGAGGCGGGCAGCAGACGUAGCGAGCGGAUCGGGGCAGUCCGAGAUCGAUGCAUAA